CACAAGGCUCGGGGGAGGGGCUGGGUUCGCCACUAGCGGAUGGAACCCGGGGGCAGCGAGGGAGGCCCAGGAAACUACAUCUCCCAGCAGCCCUAGCGCUGGCGGCGCCCAGGCCACUUCCGGGUUGCGGGUCGCUGGGGGAGAGGCAGGUCGGGGGAGCCCUGUGCUGCAUCCAAGCUGGAGUCGCCUGUGGAGCGCGGCAACCUGAUGGACACCUCGGAGCCCGGGAGCGCCGCCGAGGAGGAGGAGGAGAAGGCGACGGAGCAGAGGCCCAGAACCCGCUCCAACCCGGAGGGGGCCGAGGACCGAGCCUUGAGCGCGCAGGCCAGCGUGGGGAACCGCAGCGAGGGGGAAGGAGAGGCGGCCAGUGCCGAUGACAGCCCACAGAGCGCUGCCACGCCCAACGGCAAAGACUGGCAGGUCCCGGCCCAGCCCACGGAGUUCCAGGUCAAGACACCCAGGGUGAACUGCCCUGAGAAAGUGAUCAUCUGCUUAGACCUCUCUGAGGAAAUGUCUCUGCCCAAACUAGAAUCCUUUAAUGGAUCCAAAACCAACGCCCUGAACAUCUCCCAGAAGAUGAUCGAGAUGUUUGUGAGGACAAAGCACAAAAUCGACAAAUGCCAUGAGUUCGCUCUGGUGGUGGUGAACAAUGAUACCACCUGGCUCUCCGGUUUCACCUGUGACCCCAGAGAAGUGUGCAGCUGUCUGUAUGACCUGGAAACCGUGGUCUGCAAGUCGUUCAAUCUCGAAGGCCUCUUCAAUCUCAUACAGCAAAAGAUCGAGCUGCCGGUGACGGAAAACAUCCAGACAAUCCCGCCUCCCUAUGUGGUCAGGACCAUUCUGGUGUUUAGCCGGCCAGCCUGUCAGCCUCAGUUCUCCAUGACAGAGCAGAUGAAGAAAAUGCUUCAGUGCCCUUAUUUCUUUUUUGACGUGGUUUAUAUCCACAAUGGUGCUGAGGAGAAAGAGGACGAGACAAGCUGGAAGGAGAUGUACACUUUUUUCAGCAACCUGGACACCAAAGGCACCAAUUACAAAUAUGAAGUGUCUGUGACAGGCCCCGCUGUGGAGUUGCACAACUGCAUGGCUAAGCUCCUAGCCCACCCCCUCCAGAGGCCCUUCCAGACCCACGCCUCGUACAGCCUGCUCGAGGAAGAAGAGCCAGCAGAAAUUGAAGCUACCGUGUAAUAAAUGAUCCUUCACGUGGCCAGUUUUAUCUACCAGUGUCGCAAAAUUCAGGAGGCCACUUCUCGCUGCAAGGUGUCCUGUGCUCGGGGCACUGUUGAGCCAAAAGUCUGGAAACAGUUUUUUUAGUUUAACUGCCCAUAGAACUGCUGUCUGUCUCUGGAAGGCAGAUCUCUAGGAAAAGUGUUCAUCAAACCAACUCUCUUCAUAAAGCUGCCUGUAUGAAUUGCCUUUAAUAUUUCAUUGUUGCCAGUUAAAAGGUCGGAUCUUUGCAUCACAAGAUAAAGCUCGUAACAACUGCUUUAACUGGCUGGACUAUUUUCUGCCUCUCUGCACGUCCAAGGGUUUCACUGGCCAGAUGUGUUUUGUUUUAAAUAGUUGCAAGGAACACCAAUGGGAUUUUCCAUUAAAGGUGUGCGUUUGCUGGGUUGGCAAGCUCCUGCCUAUGUUAACUUCCACACCUCGGUGCAGCCUGGGCUUUUGAUUGGCCGCCCCUACCGGGACUAAGGGCCACGCUGGGUGUUUUAUGGGGCACCCUAAGGGGUCGGGGGUCUAGUGAAAUAAUGGUUUAAAGAAAAAGCUUUGCAAAAAUCUACCUUGAAGCCAACGCCGGUGCAUAAAAGGAAACUUUCAGCAAAAGGG